AUGCAAAAAAGAUCGGGUGAAAAUGUGGCAACCGAACAAUCUCGCAAGCAAGCUGAGAAAGACCAGCAUGAGAGGUUUGGUUCUGAAUCUGGUUUGAAGAAAUCUGCUUCCUUUUUCCAACUACGAAGCAAGAACUUGGUUAUAGUAGACAUGAACAUGACAUUUGUGGAGGUUGAUCUUGAGAAUGACUUGUCUUCCCUUUAA